AUUAAGAUUACUUCAUCAUUCUAUUUUUCUUAACUAUUUUCAUUGUAUCAAGGAUAGCGUACCAAACACAUAUCACUUAGCUGUAAACUGGAUUGGCUGGUGUUUAUGACUUCUUGCUAAUGCUGGUGGAGGCACAUGACGUAGUAAAACACAAAAGUGAAACUGUACAGACAUUCUCCGAAUCCGAAUGCAAGAUAUCGUGGUGGCUCUCGUGGAUUAGUCAAUCAUAAAUCAAUCUUUGUUAACCUUUAGAACAUUUUCAAUAGGCUACAGAGUACAUUAUUUUGUUAUUAGGGCAAGGGCGCGGCAGAGUUAGUGGGCGUCCAAUGAUAAUAGGAAGAGAGCUGGCCGGAGCAGUAAGUAGUAAAAUGCUUUACUAAAUUGUGACGACAACUUUUUAGAAUGCGUCGCAGGAUUUUACGGCUGUGUCCAUUUUUCCUGGUUCCAGUUCUCUCCUACUUACCUUGGAGAUCGAUCGUGGAAAAUUGUUUUGCUUGGUUUUUGCAACGUACAGGGAGAUGUAUCUUGCCAAAUGAUCCUGACAGUCCAGAAUCCCUUCCCAGUGAAGGAGCGGGGAGUCCAGAAUCCUUUUCCGGUGAAGGAGUGGGGAGUCCAGAAUCCCUUCCUAUUCAAGGAGUGGGGAGUCCAGAAUCCCUUCCCAGUGAAGGAGUGAGGAGUCCAGAAUCCCUUCCUAUUCAAGGAGUGGGGAGUCCAGAAUCCCUUCCCAGUGAAGGAGUGAGGAGUCCAGAAUCCCUUCCUAUUCAAGGAGUGGGGAGUCCAGAAUCCCUUCCCAGUGGAGGAGUGGGGAGUCCAGAAUCCUUUCCCAGUGGAGCAGUGGAGCUUCGGGUUCUCAGGUCAGCUAGGUCAUAUGAUGUUGAAGACACGGAUGAGUACUACUGCGAGUACGACUCGACAUGGGAGGAUCCUCCAAACAAAGAAACCAGUCGUCAAAAGUCCCAACAUGAGUGGGUACACCAGUACACCGGUUGGUCGCAACAAUCACACAGGUUUAACAGAUUCAAAAGUGCAGCAAAGGAUAUGCAAAAGUACAGGCAUGAUUAUCCAGAGCAUAGAUCAAACUUGUACUUCGGCGGGCAACAACAAGAUGAUAUGCCUAAUUUACAGUUCUACCGUGAACAAAUACCCUCCUCCCCUGAUGGUGUCUUCAUUGAGGACUAUCACAAUAAUUGGAAAUGGCAAUAUUUAAAACUGGAAAGAGUUCACUCAUACAUCCAAUGGUUGUUCCCUCUUCAAGAACCAGGAAUGAAUAAUCAAGCCAAAGAACUCACCAAAAAGGAAAUUGAGGCUUUCCUUCAAGAUGAAACUGCGAAGAAGCGGCUGGUCAAGUCCUACAAACUCAUGCUGGACUUCUACGGCAUCCAGCUGUCAAAUGACACAACAGGGGAAGUGCGACGGGCAAAUAACUGGCAUAAGAGAUUUGACAACCUGGACAGAAACACACACAACAACCUGCGCAUCACCCGCAUCCUGAAGUGCCUGGGCACUCUGGGGUUCCCCCACUACCAGGCCCCACUCGUCCGCUUCUUCCUGGAGGAAACUCUUGUCAAAGGCAACCUGUACAAUGUGAAGGAGAGCGUGCUCAACUACUUCAUCUUUGCUGUCAUUGAUAAGCAAGAGCGCAGGGAUCUAGUUGAGUAUGCCUACAAGCACUAUGAGCCCAAAUAUGAGUUUGUGUGGUGCCCCAAGAGGAUCCAGAUGACUUUCUCAAAUGGAGAAGAAUUCUCAGAUAAUAGGCAAACAAUGGCAGGCCAUUACCAGCAUGGUAACUACUGAGAUGACAGAGAUGUCAGUGACGACCUAUCUAUUCCUCGCAAUGCUAUUGUUAGCACAGCUGAUUCCAUUCGGCACCCUGUUCCAAGAUUGGUUUCCCCCAAAAAUGAUGAUUUGGCCCCUGAGCGUGCAUCAAUUAGGCAUUAUGAAGAUGUUCCAAAGUAUGUAGCUACUCGCUCUACAGGGCACUCACAUACUGCCCAAGGUAAUGUAAAGACUUGGUCCCCCACCAAAGAUGUUUUAAAUAAUCAGGGAAAUGAGAAAAUAGAGAGUGCACCCACUAAAGAUUCAGAAGGCAAGAACAAUUCAGUGAAAGAGCGAGCCACUUAAUAAAGAGGUUUCACUGAGUCAGUUAAAGACCGAAUGCUCAGCAAUUGAGCAAUCUACUCAAGAAGUAUCCCAGAGGCCGGAUAAGACCACUGAGGGUCCAGCCAUAGACCUAUGUCCUAAAGACCCAUCCCGGAGCCAGGUUCAGACCACUGAGGAUCCAACCAUAGAGCUAUCUCCUCAUAAGGUACCCCAGAGCAAGGUUAAUAAAGCAAGAACCAGAGAUGCCCCAAAGAGCUGCCGCGCCAAAAAGCCUAGAAUUGGGGAAAUUACCAAAACAGUUUCGGAGAGCACCAGUAAAACAAAUAAGAAUCCUCCUACCAGAGAAAAGCAAUAGUAUCUGAACAUUAAAUAGGUGUUUAAUGUAACAGUGGAGAUAUGAAUAAGAUGAGUGUAUUCAUCCAAAUAGGUAGAUUGUGAAGCAACCAGAAACCAGAGGGCAUAAAAGCAAAGGGGAAGGGGAAGAUUUUGAAAUUUUAAUAAAGUAUAAUGAAAUUAUAAUUGACUUAUGUAUACUUAGUAUCAGUGGUGUAUAGUACUUUAGUAAAAAUACUUUAAAGUAAUACUUAAGUCGUUUUUUGGGGUAUCUGUACUUUAUUUUACAAUUUAUAUUUUUACUACACUACAUUCCUAAAGAAAAUAAUGUACUUUUCACUCCAUACAUUUUCUAUGACACCCAAAAGUACUCGUUACAUUUGGAAUGCUUAGCAGGACAGGAAAAUGGUCCAAUUCAUGCACUUAUCAAGAGAACAUCCCUGGUCAUCCCUACUGCCUCUAAACACAUACUUCGUUAGUAAAUGAUGUCUGAGUGUGCACCUGGCUAUCCGUCAAUAAAAACAGAAAAAAAAUGUAA